AUGUCCGCUUUGUACAAGCAAGUAUCCCCGCAACGCCGAGCGCAUGCUCACACGCCUCCCACCCCCAUCGGCCCGGCACCGGCCCCGACCCCAUUGCCCGGCCCAAAGCCAAAUCGAGCACCGAUAGCUAACCUACACCCCAGCCUCAUCUUCCGCAGGAACACCGCCUUUGUCGGUGCUGUCUUCGCUGGUGCCUUCGCUUUCGAGUUGGCCUAUGACAACGGCAUGGACAAGGUCUGGGACAAGAUCAACAAGGGGCGCCAAUGGAAGGACAUCCGCCACAAGUACGUCGAGGCUGAGGAGUAA